UGGCCCCUCCAUUCACACAAAGUUUGGCUCCAUCGCAGCAGAGGGAGGGGGCGGCCCGGUCCGGCCCAGCUCUGCCCCCGGCCCGGCCCGGCCCUGGCUCCGGCCCCCGGUCCCGGCCCAACCCUUAUCUGGGUUUAUCUGAUCUACUCGUCUAGUUUAAGAGCCGGGCCCCGCCCGUCACAGAGCUCCGCUCCUCUCCUCUCUCCAGCCCGCCCCGUCAGUCAAGCCUUCUGUGCGUCCUCUCGGCCACCCGGUCCGAGGUGUCUCCCUGCCUAGGACCUAAGUAUACCUUGGUCUCCCAGCCUCCCUGCCCAGUGGCUCCUUCUUGGACUUGGAGAUUGAUGACUUCGGUUGCCAAGGUGUACUACAGCCAGACCACCCAGACAGAGAGCCGGCCCUUGAUGGGCCCGGGGCUGCGUCGCCGGCGGGUACUGACUAAGGAUGGCCGCAGCAACAUUCGCAUGGAACACAUUGCUGACAAGCGCUUCCUCUAUCUCAAGGACCUAUGGACCACCUUCAUUGACAUGCAGUGGCGCUACAAGUUGUUAUUAUUCUCGGCCACCUUUGCAGGCACCUGGUUUCUCUUUGGUGUGGUGUGGUACCUGGUGGCUGUGGCCCAUGGAGACCUGCUGGAGCUAGGGCCUCCCGCUAACCACACGCCCUGUGUAGUGCAGGUGCACACGCUCACAGGUGCCUUCCUCUUCUCCCUUGAGUCACAGACCACCAUUGGCUAUGGGUUCCGCUACAUUAGUGAAGAGUGUCCACUGGCCAUUGUCCUCCUCAUUACCCAGCUGGUGCUUACCACCAUCUUGGAGAUCUUUAUCACUGGCACCUUCCUGGCCAAAAUUGCCCGGCCCAAGAAGAGGGCUGAGACCAUCCGCUUCAGUCAGCACGCUGUGGUGGCCACCCAUGAUGGCAAACCCUGCCUCAUGAUCCGUGUUGCCAACAUGCGCAAAAGCCUCCUCAUUGGCUGCCAGGUGACAGGUAAGCUGCUCCAGACCCAUUUAACCAAGGAAGGGGAGAGCAUCCGACUCAAUCAAGUCAAUGUGGCCUUCCAGGUGGAUACAGCCUCUGACAGCCCAUUCCUCAUCCUGCCCCUUACAUUCUACCAUGUGGUGGACGAAUCCAGCCCUCUACGUGACUUGCCCCUGCGCAGUGGUGAGGGGGACUUUGAGCUGGUUCUGAUCCUGAGUGGGACAGUGGAAUCUACCAGUGCCACCUGCCAAGUGCGUACAUCCUACUUGCCAGAGGAGAUCCUCUGGGGCUACGAAUUCACACCUGCCAUCUCACUCUCAGCCAGUGGCAAGUAUGUGGCUGACUUCAGCCUCUUUGACCAGGUUGUAAAAGUGACCCCUCCCGGCUGCCUCCGAGAUACCACUGUCCGUUAUGGGGAUCCUGAGAAGCUCAAACUAGAGGAAUCAUUCCGGGAACAGGAAGGAAAGGAGGGCAGUGCCCUCAGUGUACGAAUCAGCAAUGUCUGACUGAUUUGACUCCCACUUCCCUCACCCUUCUGGCCAGAGGAGAUAUUCUCUGGUUCUACCUUCCCCCUGUCUCAUGCCUGUUCUCUCUCUCUCAGCUCCCAGGCUCCUUGGAGAGAGUCCCAGGAUCACCCUUCUCCUAAUCCCAUCUCCUUCCACCCCAGUGGCCUGUCAUUUGCUUAGGCCAGCCUGAGGGAACGGUCCCCCUUUGGAGUCUGAGUCCCACCUCUGAGCCAAGGUUUGGGGUAUUUGGGACACAGCAGACUGGGCUGAGGAAGAAUAGGAAUUCUCAGCUAUUACUGGAGACUCCAUAAGAGAACUUUGCAGUUGGAUGGAUGGAUAAACUCUGCUCCAUUUAUGAAGCUUGGUGCCUUAAGGAUGGAGGACUUUCCUUUUCUACCUUCCCACCACAGCUAGUUCCCUGAGAUCAAGCUCCCUCUUCUGGUCACUCUGGGAAUUACACUCUUAGAUCUGUCUGAUACUGGGACCUGGCAGUGGAUAAAGCAUCAACCUAUCAUGGUAUCUCUGCUAAACCCCAACAGAGUACUACUUUCUCUUCACAAUUCCCCAAGUGGACCUUCUCCCUAUGUCCCAGAUCCGACUUGUCCCUCUUUUAAUACCUUUGUCCCCAGAGAUUGGAAUUCAUAAUAAAUGACCACAACAUGUAGCCCUACCACAAUCAUAUACUCAUAAGAGUUUAAAAUUCUUUAAAUUGAGGAUCACUGGGAAAGAAAAAUUGUCCAAAUUUCAGGUGCUUAUCUCCCUAGGUUACUCAAGGUUUUCUGUGAGAGGUCUGACCCUGGUCACUACAUUCUACAAAGAAAGGUUCAAGUGUCUGAACCCUUAGGAAAGUGUCUAAGAUGAUGUUUCAGACAGAAGCUGUACCUAGGUACCCUCUUCUAAUCAGUUGGUACCCUCUUCUAAUGAGUUUGUUCAAUGUCCCUUUUCCCUUUACUAUACUGGCUCUAUUUCCCAAAAUGAAUAGGAUGUAAAGAGGACUUUUCUUUAUUCUUUGCUACACCGAGGACCAGUUCUCAGGGUCCAAAAGCUCUAGUAGAAUUGGACAAAAAUCCCACCAUGUGGGAAGUUUUCUAUAAGUCAGGCUUUUGGGUUGAGCUUCUAGGGUAUGCUGCCUUCAAGGAACUGGUUAUUUGCUAUUGAGGACUGGACAGAAACUCACAUCUAUGAUGGGAAGUCACUAUUACCACUCUCAGUCACCCUGUACUCCUUUGAAAAGUACAAGUUCCCAGACCAUUAGGUAAAUACCUGAAUGCUUGUGGGAAGAAGAACAUGACAUUCCCGGGGGCCAGAAGAAAAUGAAAGAGACUCUCCCUUGUCCUAACUCCACUGUUUGCCCAGAACUCAGUCCCAAAUGCUCAGUGAGCAAGUAUUCUCAAAGGAACAAGACUGGAUUACUUGGAUGGGAUCCAAGGAAAGCAGUAUAAUGCAGUAGAAAGAAUGUGAGAUUUGGAGUCAAGGACCUGGGUUCAAAUUCUGAUUCUGCCCCUUAUUGCCUUUGUGAUCUGGAGCAAAUCAUUUAAACUCUCUGGGUCUCAGUUCCCUCAUCUGCAAAUCGUGUGAACUAACUGACCUCUAAAGUCUCUUUUAGCUCCAAAUAUGAUCCAUUCUCUGGCAGAGACCAAGUUGGAUAGACAGUGAGAUUUUUCGCCUGAAGAAAGCCUCCAUAUCCAUGGAGGAUAGCCUUAUCGGCAGGUAACAGGGACACAUUUUGCAGGAUUCUUGUGGAGUAUCAUUAAAUGAGGUAAUUGAGAGAAAGCAACUCUCUGUUGUUUAUAUAAUAAGCCUAUGGUCAGCAAAUCACAUUCCAAUCUAAAAUGUGUUUGCAUUUAAAUGUUCCUAUAUGUAUAUGCUCAUUCUAUAGCCUUGUAAACAGGCUCAAAACAUCUCCAGGUUGGCCUCAGAAUCACAAACUGACCACAUCUGUGUGAAGUUCCACCCAAGAAGAGCCUUUUGACCUUGGCUAAUCCCACCUGCCAAGUGGAGAUUGCUACCACUUCCCCAUCAAUCUCUGCUCAUAAUAAACCCAACUAGAGGCCCCUGGCCUAGGUGGAGUUUAGACAGAGAUGAAGCUUACAGAUACUUGAAAGCCUUCCACAGGGACCAGAAGGGAAAGAGCCAUCUGCUAGAUUUUUCCUUCUUGGAAUCGACUUCCCUGAUUUCUUCUGUAUAUAUCUAUAUACAGAACAGGACUCAUACACACUGACAUAUAAUGUCCAUAUCUAUAUGUUAUACCUAAUCAGUCCCCAUCCAUCUGGUUUCUUCUGCACAUAGCUGCCACCUCCUUAUAUGAGUCAUUUCUCCUCCCUCCCUCCACUCCCUUAGUCUUAAUUUCUCAGACUUCCAGACUCUUUGGACAACUAGCAAACUUAAGAGAAAUUGCCUGGAACCCAAUUCACUGACUUCCCUACUUUCCCUAUUUGUGUCCUGCCCCCAAGUCCAGAUCUCCCUGUAUAUUGCACUUUAUAUGACAUGUUCUCCUUUGUUCUGGUCUGGAACCCAUAUGCCAAGGAUCCCAUUCUCCUCCCCAACCCUAAAUGCCUUCAACAAAGGGCUGUCUCUGUCCCCAGAUGAGACAUUUAUCUUCUAAACUAUGAGAUGUGCCUAUAAAUAUGGACAGUUCUUAAGGAAAUGGACCACAUCUCUACUAACCAUCAUCCAAGAAUGUGGGGGGAAAGGGAGAAAGAAAGUUAAGAGUGUGGAAAGGGGAUGUUUCUGAGAAUGGCCUGGUAACCCAUGGUGGGGGGUGUCCUUGAAGUGUCUGGGGAAGAAGACAGAAGAAAAUGGUGGUAUGGAGGGAACCCACAGAAAUCCACAAAACCUUUAUGCAUUACCAUUCACCUAAUUACAUCACUAAACACCUUAGGUAAGUGAAAAAGGUGUAGGCAGGAUUUGGGGGGAGAGGUCACAUGACAUGUAUAGAAGAUUUACCUAUGAAA